AGCCUUGUGAGUCUCCGUCGCGGCCUCUGCCCGCUGAGUCUCGCUGACAGUCGCUUGCUCUCAGUCCUUUCCUAGUGGGGGUGACGCUUCUUUUCUCCCUGCAGGUAUCAUGUCUCGGAUCUUCAAAUCGGUGGAUUACGAGGUAUUCGGCCGGGUUCAAGGGGUUUGUUUCAGAAUGUACACAGAGGAUAAAGCUAGGAAAGCAGGUGUAGUUGGCUGGGUUAAAAAUACCAGACAAGGGACGGUUACUGGACAAGUGCAAGGUCCAGAAGAUAAAGUGAAUGAGAUGAAAGCUUGGCUGACCAGCGUUGGAAGUCCUGGCUCACGCAUUGACCGGACAAAUUUUUCUAAUGAAAAGGAAAUCUCAAAGCUUGAAUUCUCUGGAUUCAUCACAAGAUACUGAUUUAAAAAACCAUAGAAUUAUCUUAAUUCUACCAUUGCAUCAAAAUCUCCAGGUUUCCCUAUUGCAUAUUAGGAAAAUGUAACAAUUCUCUCAUUUACAUUCUGGUGAAAUUGUUAUGCAGUGUGUUAAAGCAAAAAAAAAAAAAAAAAUAGUACCACUUUGUUAAACAUUUUUCUUCUUUACAGAUACUUUAGAAACCCCCCCCCAAUUAAGGUUACUUCUACAAAUUGGCGUGUUAUUCCCAUGUUAUUAAGCAUGUUGUUCUGUUAUCAUGUGCUUGUUUAUUUGGAAGUGAAUCCCUUUUUAUCCAACAGAAUUACUCCAGGUAAUUGUAUAAACCCUGCAGCUUUAAGGAUUUGUCCCAAAAGUAAGGGUGGAAUUAUUUAUAUCUUAAAAUUAAUAUAUAUGACUACAUUAGGUGAAAUAAUUUACUAAUUCCUUAAACAUUUAAUUCUGGACACUCUAAACCAGUCUCAACCAAAAUGUUUUACAAUACAUUAAAACAAUUUUUAAAACUUUAUCUAGUUCUCUGACCAAUGAACGUUCCCCUCCCUAUUGCAAUCAGAAGUCAUUUGUCAUCAUUAUUCCUAGAUGAGGGAAAUACUGCAUGUGCCACAUUAAAUUUUGAAAGGAAUGUUGAUGGUAUUUUUUGCACUUGUGGUAACAGUGCUGAAAUAAAUUUUGAUUGCCAUAAAAGCA